AUGCCAGCAGCUUCAGCAGUUAAGUCCGCCAAAGACAGUGCCAGCAGCUUCAGCAGCCCCAUCCGCUCAAGACAGUGCCAGCAGCUUCAGCAGUCCGAUCCGCCAAAGAUAUUGCCAGCAGCUUUAGCAGUCCCAUUCACCCAAGACAGUGCCAGCAGCUUCAUCAGCCCCAUUCACUCAAGACAGUGCCAGCAGCUUCAGCAGCCCCAUCCGCUCAAAAAAUACCAGCAGCUUCAUCAGUCCCAUCCGCCCAAGACAGUGCCAGUAGCUUCAGCAGCCCCAUCCGCCCGAGACAGUGCCAGCAACUUCAGCAGUCACAUCCGCUCAAGACAGUGCCAGCAGCUUCAGCAGCCCCAUCCGCCCCAUACAGUACCAGAAGCUUCAGCAGUCCCAUCCGCCCAAGACAGUGCCAUGCCAGCAGCUUCAUCAGUCCCAUCCAAUCAAGACAGUGCCACCAGCUCCAGCUGUCCCAUCCGCCCAAGACAGUGCCAGCAGAAUCAGCAGUUCCGUCCGCACAAGACGGUGCCAGCAGCUUCAACAGUUCCGUCCGCCCAAGACAGUGCCAGCAGCUUAAGCAGCCCCAUCCGCCCGAGACAGUGCCAGCAGCUUCAGCAGUCACACCCGCUCAAGACAGUGCCAGCAGCUUCAGCAGCCCCAUCCGCCCGAGACAUUGCCAGCAGCUGCAGCAGUCAUAUCCGCCCAAGACAGUGCCAGCAGCUUCAGCAGCUCCAUCCACUCACGACAGUGCCAGCAGCUUCAGCAGUCCCUUCCGCUCAGAAAAGUACAAGCAGCUUCAGCUUUCCCAUCCGCCUUAAUACAGUGCCAGCAGCUUCAUCAGUCCCAUCCGCCCAAGACAGUGUCAGCAGCUUCAGCAGUCCCAUCCGCCUAAAUACCGUGCCAGCAGCUUCAGCAGCCCCAUCCGCCCGAGACAUUGCCAGCAGCUUCAGCAGUCACAUCCGCUCAAGACAAUGCAAGCAGCUUCAGCAGCCCCAUCCGCCCGAGACAUUGCCAGCAGCUGCAGCAGUCACAUCCGCCCAAGACAGUGCCAGCAGCUUCAGCAGCCCCCUCCGCUCAAGACAGUAUGUCCCAUCCGCUGAAGACCUUGCCAAUAGCUUUAACAGUCCCAUCCACCCAAAACAGUGCCAUCCGAUUCAGCAGUCCCAUCCGCCCAAUACAGUGCCAGCAGCUUCAGCAGUCCCAUCCGCUCAAGACAGUGCCAGUAGCCUCAGCAGUCCCCUCCGCCCAAGACAGUGCCAGAAGCUUCAGCAGUCACAUCCGCCUAAAUACAGUGCCAGCAGCUUCAGCUGUCACAUCCACUCAAGACGGUGCCAGCAGCUUCAGCAGCUCUUUCCGCCCAAGACAGUUCCAGCAGCUUCAGCACUCCCAUCCGCCCAAGAGAGUGCCAGCAGCUUCAGCAGCCCCAUCCCCCAAGACAGUGCCAGCAGCUUCAGCAGACCCAUCCGCCCAAGACAGUGCCAGCAGCUUCAGCAGCCCAAUCCGCCCAAGACAGUGCCAGCAGCUUCAGCACUCACAUCCACUCAAGACAGUGCCAGCAGCUUCAGCAAUCCCAUCCGCCCAAGACAGUGUCAGCAGAUUCAGCAGUCACAUGCACCCAAGACAGUGCUAGCAGCUUCAGCAGUCCCAUCGGUCCAAGACAGUGUCAGCAGCUUCAGCAGUCACAUUCGCCUAAGACAGUGCCAGCAGAUUCAGCAGCCCCAUACGCCCAAGACAAUGCCAGCAGCAUCAGCAGUCACAUCCGCCCAAGACAGUGCCAGCAGCUUCAGCAGUCACAUCCGUCUAAAUACCGUGCCAGCAGCAUCAGCAGCCCCAUCCGCCAAAGACAGUGCCAGCAUCUUCAGCAGUCUCAUCCGCCCAAGGCAGUGCCAGCAGCUUCAGCAGCCCCAUCCACCAAAGACAGUGCCAGCAGCUAGCUUGAUUCCUUCUGGCAACUUAUCCAAAGGCUUUGUCAAUGUCGACUAUGGAAGUCCAGAAGAGGCAGAGAAAGCUAUUAAAUACAUGGAUGACUGUAUGUUCGCGAAGUACUGA